UACCCAAAAUAAGCUUUUAUUGAUACUGAACACCAAAAUUUCACUCUCGACAGAAACACUAACAAAUUUGGAAAAUCGGGCAUGGAUUUGUUGCCGGGAGAGUCGCCGCAGAUCUUGAGCAAGAGCAAGCAGCGCUUCCGCUCGCUCAAGCUCGUUAACGUCAAUGACGACGAUGUUUUGCCGGAGACGCCGUACGGCGUCGACUACGGCCGUCUCACCAACGGUCUCACUUACUAUGUGCGCUCCAAUUCCAAGCCCAAAAUGAGAGCUGCUCUGGCUCUCGCUGUUAAGGUUGGUUCAGUUUUAGAAGAGGAAGAAGAGCGUGGAGUUGCUCACAUAGUCGAGCAUCUAGCUUUCAGUGCCACCAAGAAAUAUACAAACCAUGAUAUUGUCAAAUUUCUUGAAAGUAUUGGGGCUGAAUUUGGUGCCUGCCAAAAUGCUGUUACGUCAGCUGAUGAAACUGUUUACGAAUUAUUUGUUCCUGUUGACAAGCCUGAACUAUUAUCUCAAGCCAUUUCGGUCUUAGCAGAGUUCAGUUCUGAGGUUCGUGUAUCAGCAGAUGACUUGGAGAAAGAAAGGGGAGCUGUAUUAGAAGAGUAUAGAGGAAGCAGAAAUGCAAAUGGAAGGAUGCAGGAUGCGCACUGGGUUCUUAUGAUGGAAGGUUCAAAAUAUGCAGAUCGAUUACCCAUUGGACUCGAAAAGGUGAUCCGUACUGUUUCCCCCAAUAUUGUGAAGCAGUUCUAUAAGAAGUGGUACCAUUUGCAGAAUAUGGCUUUGAUUGCUGUCGGAGAUUUUCCUGAUACACAGAGUGUCGUUGAGUUGAUAAAGACCCACUUUGAAGAUAAAAUUCCAGUACUUGAUCCUCCAUUCAUACCACGGUUCACAGUCCCAUCACAUGCGGAGUCACGUUUUUCAAGCUUGGUGGAAUCUGAAGCAGCUGGGUCAGCAGUGAUGAUCAGUUGCAAGGUUCCAGUGGAUGAACUGAAAACCGUGAAGGAUUACAGGCAUUUACUCGCUGAAUCCAUGUUUUUUCAUGCUUUAAACCAAAGGUUCUUUAAAUUGUCUCGAAAGAAGGACCCUCCUUACUUUUCAUGCUCAGCUGCUGCUGAUGUUCUUGUUCGUCCAACAAAGGCCUAUAUAAUGACUUCAGCCUGUAAGCAAAAAGGGACUACCAUUGCACUGGAAUCGAUGCUGAUUGAGGUUGCUAGAGUUCGUAUGCAUGGCUUUUCGGAACGUGAAAUAUCCAUUUCCCGAGCUCUUUUGAUGUCAGAGAUUGAAUCUGCCUAUCUAGAGCGAGACCAAAUGCAAUCUACCAAUUUACGAGAUGAAUAUAUACAGCAUUUUCUUCGAAAUGAACCUGUUGUUGGGAUUGAAUAUGAGGCACAACUUCAUAAAACUCUUCUACCCUAUAUAUCAGCCUCUGAGGUAUCCAAAUAUUCAGAAAAUUUUCGGACAUCAUGUAAUUGCGUUAUAAAAACAAUUGAGCCUCAGGCAGCUGCAACAGUGGAUGAUUUGAGAACUGUUGUUUCAAGGGUUAAUUCUUUUGAAGAAGAAGGAAGCAUUUCUCCCUGGGAUGAUGAAAGCAUUCCAGAAGAAAUUGUUAGUGUAGAGCCAAAUCCAGGCCAUGUGGUGCAACAGUUUGAAUACUCCAGUAUUGGUGCAACAGAGUUGAUUCUUUCAAAUGGCAUGCGAGUUUGCUAUAAAUGCACAGAUUUCUUUGAUGACCAGGUUCUGUUCACAGGUUUCUCCUAUGGGGGUUUAUCUGAACUCCAAGAAUGUGAAUAUUUCUCAUGCUCAAUGGGUCCAACAAUCGCCGGUGAAAUUGGUGUAUUUGGUCAUAGACCUUCAGUGCUUUCCGAUAUGCUUGCUGGUAAAAGAGCUGAAGUAGGCACCAGCCUUGGAGCAUAUAUGCGAAGCUUUUCUGGCGAUUGCUCGCCGUCAGACUUGGAAACCGCUUUGCAGUUGGUCUAUCAACUUUUUGUGACAAACCUAGAACCGGGAGAAGAAGAUGUGAAAAUAGUGAUGCAAAUGGCAGAAGAAUCUGUUCGUGCUCAAGAGAGAGAUCCUUAUACUGCAUUUGCUAACCGUGUGAGAGAGAUCAACUAUGGGAAUUCCUACUUUUUCAGGCCAAUUAAAAUUGGUGACCUACGGAAAGUUGACCCUUUUAGAGCUUGUGAAUAUUUUAACAAUUGUUUCAAGGAUCCAUCAACUUUUACUGUUGUCAUUGUUGGAAAUAUUGACCCUGCAAUUGCAUGCCCUCUGAUACUGCAAUAUUUGGGAGGGAUCCCAAGACCUCCCAAGCCAAUUUUGAGUUUCAAGCGUGAUGAACUCAAAGGAUUACCAUUUACUUUUCCUUCCACUGUGAUUAGGGAAAUUGUUCGGAGCCCCAUGGUAGAAGCCCAGUGUUCGGUCCAGCUUUGCUUUCCCGUUGAGCUUAAGAAUGAAAAUAUGAUGGAAGAUGUUCACUUGACUGGAUUAAUCAGCAAGCUUCUGGAAACUAAGAUCCUACAAGUCCUCCGUUUUAAGCAUGGGCAGAUUUACUCUGCUGGAGUUUCUGUGUUCCUUGGUGGUAACAGACCCUCAAGAGUUGGCAACAUUCGUGGAGAUAUAAGCGUUAACUUUUCUUGUGAUCCUGAAAUUUCAUCAACACUGGUCAAUCUUGCCUUGGAUGAGAUCCUGCGUCUUCAAGAGGAGGGACCUUCAGAUGAUGAUGUUUCUACCAUCCUUGAAAUUGAACAAAGAGCCCAUGAAAAUGGAUUGCAGGAGAACUAUUAUUGGUUGGAGAGGAUUCUGCGCAGCUAUCAGUCGAGGAUUUAUUCUGACGAUGUUGGCGCUUCUUUCCAGAUUCAAGAUGAGGGACGCAGUAGAGUAAGAAGUACCUUGACACCAUUAACGGCUCAGUCAGCAUUACAGAGGAUUAUACCUUUUCCUUGCAAAAACCAGUACACUGUAGUAAUUCUAAUGCCUCAGUCCUCCCGUUUCAAGAUGCUAAAAUCAUUCAUCAGCUCUAUUCCAGUUCCUUAUUCCAGAGAUGCUAAGAUUUUGGCAGGCAUUGGUGCCAUAACAGUUCUGGUGUUCAGUCUAUGGAGAUACUCACAAAGAGCAGCAAAAUCAUAGUUGCAUAUAUAUGCAGAUGGGUUUGCUGGUUUACAUUAUCCAAAAUGAUGAAGGUUUUGGUUGGGGUUGUACUGCUUUUAGUCUUUUUCAUGAAAGGUACACAACCCGAACGUCACCCUAAACACUUUCCCAGCCUGCGAUGCGUCAUUGCAGCCCAACAUGAUAGAUUCACAAUUCUUUCCUGGAUACUCUGAACUGCUUUAUGUGAUUUGAUGAGUUUAAACAUUUCUCAGUGAUACAUUUCCUGGGAGCUAAUUUCUUUCAAAGUUUAUUUUGGCUAAGGAAGAACGGUAAACCCCAUUGUUUCCUUAAUUAUUUGGGGGUGGGCGGAGAGUUCUUCUUUGGUGUUGCUAAUUACUGCACGAGAUUAAGUGUUAAUAGCACUGUUUGUUGGUAAAAUCAUAUUAAUGGGUUGGGGCUUUACUUCUUGAAAUGAGAUACAGUAUACAUUCCUGGUAAAUUACAUUUUUGGUUCCUAUAUGUAGUCACUUUUUCGUUUUGGGUCCCUAAUGUUCAUCUCCCAUAAUUUUGGUCCCUAAA